UAAUUUAACUAAUUGGUACCGAAUAUUGUUUUUUUUAUAUAUUUUUUUCUUCAUUAGGCUAGUAUUACUGGCUUUUUUAUGUUUUUAAUUCAUCUUUGAAUUAAAGACUGUUUUUAAUGUUUUGCAAGUCACAAUUGCAAGCAUCUGCUAAAGACAGUAGCCAUAAUCAUAACCAUUAUUAAAUAUGUGAGGAUUGGGCCUCCAUAGAACAAGAUGCAAAUCACUGAAAUUAUGAUUUUACUUUUCAGUGUGGCAUGUUCUCUUCACGUCAAUGUUCUCUUCACGUUCACUUCUCUUCAAAACAAUGCCUCUUCUGCACUGCAUUUGCACAUGGCACACGGUUUAUGCGUGCUGCGCAAUGUAAAACAAUAUGUCGUAUUUGCAUUUCAGGGUGGCACGAAAUCUCCAUAGGCCGUGCCCCCUCAUGGCAACACAUGAGAGCACUGAGGAUAGACUUGCAUUUCCAAUAGUCUGUACACACCCUUCUUGCAGCCGAAUGGAACGUUCCUAGUUUGAGAAUUUCAGGUGUUCGGACACGUCCUUCAGUGUGGUGGAAGCCUGGCAGGGCAGAAGAAGGCGUCGUAAGUACUGGAUGAAAAAGGUUAGGUUAGUAGAGGGAGGAAGAUAGCCAACAAUCGAGCAUCCCCGCAUGCAGCGCGUUGAAAGAGAUAAAAGAGAGCGAGGAUAUUUCCUACGACCAGCUGAGGCCGCCCCUGGUCAAUUCAUUGCAACACGACUGUGGUGUCAGUGCAUUUUAUUUUUCCCAUUUGUUGAACACCUGAAGUGAAUGUGUCCUCCGGUAUUUGUCUAUGCGGUCCUGGCCGCGUACCUUUGCGGCCAGCUUGUCCCAACAACGUGUAGCCUUGUCCUAAAUUACAGACCGAUUAUCGGUAUAUUGGCUCAGGAGAAUCGAGACAACGACCUACAUGCCCAAGGAUCAUCCUAUAUUGCCGCCUCAUACGUGAAGUAUAUUGAAGGAGCAGGAGCAAGAGUUGUCCCUAUCAGAAUAAACCAAACAACUGAGCAGUAUGUGAAAAUAUUCCGCUCAAUAAAUGGAUUACUGUUGCCGGGCGGAGAUGUGGACCUACAAAAGUCAGAGUUCAGUAGAGCAGCCAAGAUUUUCUAUGAUCUGGCAAUAAAGGCCAAUGAUGCUUCAGAUUAUUUCCCUGUAUGGGGGACUUGUCAGGGCUUGCAGCAGCUUACUGUUCUGACCAGCAAUAAGAACCUUCUCACCCUGACCAACACCAAAGCUGUGGCUCUUCCCCUCUCUUUCACCCAAGGAGCUCAAAACAGCAGGUUGUUCAAGAAUGUUCCAAAGGACCUGUUGCAGUCUCUCGCAGUGGAGAACAUCACCUCCAACUUCCACAGCUGGAGUCUCUCUCUACAGAACUACUCUCGAAAUGCCAAGCUGAAGAGGUUUUACAAAGUCCUGACCACCAAUUCUGAUGGAAGGAAGGAGUUUGUUUCAACCAUGGAGGCCUACCGCUACCCGUUCUACGCAGUGCAGUGGCACCCUGAGAAGAGCCCGUUUGAGUGGAUAGACAAGCCCGGCAUGAUCCACUCCGUCUCUGCCAUCCGGGCGUCCUUCUACACCUCCAGCUUCUUCGUCCACGAAGCCAUGAAAAGUCAGCAUCGCUUCCCUUCACCCAGUGAGGAGAAGGAAGCCCUGAUUUAUAACUACUCUCCUGUCUUCUGUGGACUAGACAGCAUCUUCAUCCAGAACUACUACUUCGACUGAAUACCCCC